AGCUUAACAUUUCUGAUCCACAAUACAUUAUAUUUAUGUUUCCUUCUCCUAACAUAUUCAUCAGCCACGUUGGAAGUGUCAUGAUUUACUGUUUUCCUACCAGUCCUGAACAUAGAAACUGGGUCAUCAUCACACACCUGGCAAGAGUAAAAGAGUGUAUGAUUCACUUCUGGUCAUUGUCAGAUGGAAAUAAUUUACAGCCUAUUAUUCUAGCCACAUGGAUCAAUAUAAUUUAACAAGUAACUUGGAAUUCCUUCUCCUUGGACUCUCAGAAGACCCUGAACUGCAACCCAUCUUAUUUGCACUAUUCCUGCUCAUAUACCUGCUCACUGUGCUUGGAAAUGUGCUCAUCAUCCUGGCCAUCAGCUAUGAUUCCCACCUUCACAACCCAAUGUACUUCUUUCUCUUCAAUCUUUCAUUGUCUGACAUAUGCUUCAGCAGCACCACAGUCCCCAAAAUGCUUAUAAAUAUGCAGACCCAUAACAAAUCCAUAACUUUUGCAACAUGCAUAAUUCAGGUGUCUUUCUUCUUUCUUUUUGGGUGUAUGGACAGCCUACUACUGACUGUGAUGGCCUAUGACCGAUGGGUAGCCAUCUGUCACCCUCUAUACUACCAAGUAAUUCUGAAUCCUCGUCUGUGUAGAUGGUUGGUCAUAGUGUCAUUUUGUAUCAGUCUCAUAGAUUCACAGGUACACUGCUUGAUGGUGUCACAGCUAACAUUUUGCACUAACAUGGAAAUCCCUCAUUUCUUUUGUGAUGUUCCAGAGCUUCUAAAACUUGCCUGUUCUGAUACCUCUAUCAAUAACAUAGUCAUGGUUCUUGUCAGUAUCAUUGUUGGUUUCCUCCCUGCCUCAGGAAUCUUUUACUCCUACUAUAAAAUUAUUUCCUCCAUUGUUAAAGUCCCUUCAUUGUUAGGGAAAUAUAAAGCUUUCUCUACCUGUGGAUCUCACCUGUCAGUUGUUUGCUUAUUUUAUGGAACAGGUCUUGGUGUAUACCUUAGCUCAACUAUUUCUAGUUCAACCAGGGGAAGUAUGGUAGCUUCAGUAAUGUAUACCAUGGUGGUUCCCAUGAUGAACCCCUUCAUCUACAGCCUGAGAAACAGGGAUAUCAAGAAGGCCCUCCAGAAACUUUUCAGUCAAAUAAUAUCUUACCCACCUAUAUACUCCCAUAAUAUAUAGUAUCUUAAAUUGUGGGUCACAUAACUGAGAAU